UUUUCCUUUGCAGCAGGAGGGAGCAGCUGCAGCAGCAGGAACAGGAGGAGGACACGGCUGCCCUGGCCCUUUGCUCUGCGGCGCAGCCCGGCCGCUGCCCAGGCGCCAGGGCAGGCGGGCUGCGGCUGCAGCAGGGCGCUCUUUGGCCAGCCCCUGGCAGCCGUCUGCGGGGAGGAGGGCACGCUGCCCCGGCCCAUCCAGGAGCUGCUGGCUGUCCUGCAGCAGGAAGGGCCAUCGACGGAGGGGAUAUUCCGGCAAGCUGCCAGCGUGACAGCGCUUCGGGAGCUGCGGGAGGCCCUGGACCGCGGUGCAGAGGUGGAGCUGGGAAGGCAGCCGGCGCUGCUGCUGGCUAUCCUCUUGAAGGACUUCCUGCGAAGCAUCCCCUCCAAGCUCCUCGUCAACGACCUCUACGAGGACUGGAUGGCCGCCAUGCGGAGGACCAGCAAGGAGGAGAAGAUGGCAGAGCUGAAAGCGGUGGCCGAGAAGCUGCCCGCGGCCAACGUCCUCCUCCUGAAGCGGCUGCUCUCCCUCCUCCGGCGCAUCGCCCGCAGCGCGGGCACCAGCAGGAUGAGCUCCAGCAACCUGGCCAUCUGCAUGGGGCCAAGCCUGCUGAGCCCACCGCACGAGGACCUGCUCCCGCUGGAGGCCAUGCUGGAGGCGACCGAGAAGGUGAAGGUGCUGGUGGAGUUCCUGGUGGAGAACUGCAGGGAACUCUUUGGGGAGGAGACCGCUGAGCUUUGCUGUCCAGCAGCCGAGGAGUCGCCAGCCCCCAGGCAGAGCUCCCGAGGCACCUCCGGCUUUGCCUCCGAGCACCCCCGAGAGCGCGGCAGACUCCCCGGGGCGCCCCGAAGAACUGGCGAGCCUUUCAAGGGAAAGAAGGUUUGCAGGCUCUCCCCAGGCCGAGGGAAAAAGAAGAGAGCGAAAGAGGAAACAGGCCUGGGGGGAGGAGAGUGAAAGCCCCGUGGAAGAGACGAGGAGGAAGAAGAGGGCAGA